AUGGGGUUUGAAAUCCAGAGCACGUUCAAGGCAAAUGUGUUUGUAUGCACUACAGGAAUUUCAAAGGAUGAGAAGGAGCUGAUAAAAAGCCAGCUUCCAAAGCAUGUGAUUCUAGAGGAUGUGCUAUCGAUCUCCACAAACUACCUGGCCACCUACAAAGCACUGAUGACUGAAAAGUAUGUCCAGGCCUUGAAGUGGAACAUAAGGAUUCUGCACAUUGGGUGGCUAUACAACACAGACGAAAGCACGAAGAAGUACGAAAUGGCUCCAUUUGAGGGAUCCAACUUUACGAUCUCGGAGAUUUCCGAUGACUCUCUUGUUAACUACCACUGCUUGCUCGGAGCAUCGUUCACGGAGAAUCUCACAGUAUCGACAGAUUUUGUUGUUACCAACUUGAAGUCCAGCGACAAAGCAGAGUUCUGUGAGAAGCAUGGAAUCCCAAUAAUUACAUCAGAAUCUGUGUUUGGAAGUGAUUACAGCAUAUAUAGAAAGGAGCCUCACUUUAAGGCCAUAGAGACAGGCAGCGGACUUGCAUUUGAUGAGAAGGUGUUUUUUCUUGACCCAAGGCUCCCUAAGAUACUCUUUAACCGCCUUAGAAGAUUGAUUAUAUCGAACGGAGGAACUCGAGUGUCUACUAUUGAUAGAGAUGUCGACUUCAUAAUGACGCAGUCCUAUGGUGACUUUGAGAAGCACGGCGGGAAAGUUUACCACUAUCAAUAUGUGUUUGAUUGCAUCGAGACCAAUGCCGUUUUAUUUCCUGGACCUUAUAGAGUGUACUUUAAAAAGAGCAGGGCUGUUCUGGGCGACGCAGUGUGCUGCAUUGACAAAAGCCUUGAAGAGCAGAGGGUGCCGGUGUUUAAUAAGUUAAGGGCGCUAGGUGCCAUUGUCAAAGAAGACGUUGAUGUGAGCUGUACCCAUUUGAUAGUGAAAGACAGGAGUGAAUACAGAGAAAACAGGCGCACUCCAUACAAGGUUGUAUUGCUCCCGUGGAUUGAUCAAUGUCUGCACCUUCUGAAGCAUGUGAAAGAAGAUAAGUACAGCAUAGGAGUAGAAAUACCAGGCUUCUUCUUGGAAAGCAGACAGAACAGAGGCAUCAAAAGAGCGGGAGCUCCUGUUCCUAGAUCCAUGCUGUUUCAGUUCACAGGACUGUCUAUGUCCCUAAAAAAGAAAGCGAUUGAGAAGCUCGAGAAGCUAAAUUUGAAGUACAGCGAUGCAGACAGAUAUGAGAAGUGCACCCAUCUCAUUAUGGGCACAGUGUGCACCUCUGAGAAGCUGUUGUCAUGUUUGUGCAACGGGGGAUGGGUUCUUAGGCCGGACCUCAUAGACAGGCUCGACAGUACUCCGAACUUCGAUUUUAGCGAGUACGAGUGGACUGUGGACGAAAACACUCCCGAGAAGGAGAGGAAGAUUGUGGCUUCCAUUAGGAAGUGGAGGGAAAGAGUGGCCGCCACUGGAAAGCCAGCAUUCCACAGGUGGAUCGUCAGGUUAUACUGCGAUGACCAAAAGAGGAAGAGCUAUAUAAGGGUCAUUGAAAGCGGAGGGGGGAUGGUUACAGAAGGAGAUGAAUAUACGCACUGCUUUGUCUCGAAGACCUACAAAGGAGAGGUCCCUACAGAGAAGAGAUAUAGCACCGACUACAUAUUUUCGCACCUGUUUCGGUAA